CGGCAUACGUAAAUUUUGUAGUGACUGGCUGUGAGAGCACCGUCCAUAAAAAUGGUUCUAGCCGUCCCUUGAUCCCACUCCCUGCUGAGAGAGGAAUAUGUCCCCCCCGUGGGAGUGUAAAGAGGCACAUACAACUGAGAGAGGUAGGGAAGGCGUGGCUUCCAGAAGGACGAGGGGGAGGGGCAAAGGGGGCGUGGCUCCUGGCGAUGCAAUGAGAGAACGGCAAGGGGGCGGAGCACCCCACAGAAAGGCAAUAUAAGGCAGAGGCUGACCGUAUCAUCGUUCACAGUUGUGUCCCACACUUUGCUUCCUUCACACACACACAUACACACAACCUAAAUACACCACACCCUUGCUUUCACACACGCUGCAAGAUAUUGGUCCUUCAACAGGAUAAGAAAACCACCAAAAUAGGCCUAGUCAAGCCUACUAAAUUGUUGUGCCCUACUCUAUACUUUGGGAGAAUGGGCAGGAUCUCAUGGGUGCUAGUGGUGAUGGGAAUGGCCAGCAUGGGUGUUGUGUCGGGAGACGAAUGUUCCCUCACACCCGUCAUCCACAUCCUCUCCUAUCAAGGCUGCACCUCCAAGCCCAUACCUUCCUUUGCUUGCCAAGGCAGGUGUACCUCCUAUGUCCAGGUGUCGGGGAGUAAGUUGUGGCAGACUGAGAGGUCAUGCAUGUGCUGCCAAGAGUCUGGAGAACGCGAGGCUUCCGUCAUACUCAACUGCCCCAAUGCCCGUAAAGGUGAACCCAAACAAAAGAAGAUCCUGACCCGGGCACCCAUUGACUGCAUGUGUCGGCCCUGCACUGAUGUGGAAGAAGGCACUGUUCUCGCCCAGGAGAUUGCCAAUUUCAUCCAUGACUCCCCUAUGGGUAAUGUGCCCUUCCUUAAGUAGGCUUCUCCCUUUAACCUCAAAGACUUCCACUACCUCACUUCUAUCCCCCAUCCCCUCUUAUACGGAAUGUAUACUAUCUUCUCGUCCUUCAUUUCAUCCCGUCUCCGCCCGCACCAAAUUCUUUUCCAACCCUUUGCACCAUUUCCUAUUCUAUCCUUCAAAGAGGUAUCUUGGUAACCAAGACUAAUGGAAUGCAGCAGCUGUGAACGGUGUGAGGCAGCAGCAGAAAAACCCCGAGAUCGCAGUACAAAGACCAACACCAGCCGCAAAUGGUAGUGUGUUGCUGAAUAACACCAGUAGCCACCUACCACACAUCAAGGCAAAUAUACAUACCUACAGAAACAGCAUCGACAAGUCAGCCUCAGCUGUCCAAUCAGUCAACAUUACCACAGUUCUCAGGAAAAGUAGAAAAUGGUUUAGGAAAUAAUGUCAACUGUUUACUUAAUUUAUGUUGCAUUGUAAUGUAUUGCAAACUACAAAGGUGCAGGGAGGUCUUAAGAUGUUACCUUAGUCAGGUCACCAGCAGGAGCACCUACUAGUUUAGUUGUCAGGUACUGUGCACUGUUGAGCUAAUGUGCCUGUAAUGGCAUCAUUGUUAAUAAUAUAGUCAUUACAGUCAUUUGUUCUUUAUUAACCCCCCACUAAUAACCUUUCAUCAAUAAACAUAUUACUGGUCUCUUGGCCAUUUUCUGUGUGUUCAAUG